UAAUACCGGUCAUCGUGAACACAGCGUAGAACAGAACGGUACCAUUCUUUGGGUGCCAGUCAGCGCGCAACAUUCAUUUUUAGUAGGGAAUUGGCUCUCGAACUGGAGCUCGGUCGCAACGACCGCAAGAGACACCUGUUGCGCCACUAAGUAAGCCGGCAGCCGCGAAACACGAACGCAAUAACGAUGCGCUCUAUUCGAAUGUGUUUGCGCGCCAAGUGACAACGUGAUUUGUUGACGAUUUUUGUUCUAUGUUUUGAAGAGAAAGGUUUUUUCAAAGAAGAGAGAUUAAAGCUCAAUAGAAGAAAGUCUUGCGUGACACCUUGUGACUCAAACUCUAUGUAUUUCGUUGCUGAGGCAGAAAUAAACGAGGUAAACGACAGGUAACGGUAGCAGGAGGCAGAGAACGCAUUAUCGCAAAUCAGAGUGAAAGAGCUAGAACGGAAGUUUCAAAAACCGCCAAAAGACGUACAAAAGAGACACAAGGAUGUUGAAAGUAGUGGGAUUGGAGGAUAACCAGCGAUUUGCAUUGAUGAAAGUAGAAUCAAGUCUUGCUUUUGUCGAGUUAUUAUUCUCCAAACAAAUUAUUGCCUAGAUACUUCGCACAUAUUAUUGAAUGCUUCUUGAAAUGCACAAUAAAUUCAUAAUAAUAAAGGUAUAUAAUUGAGUUCAAAAAAUGUGUGGAUGCUGAAACUUCCAUAAGUAAAAGUGCAAGAAAAAAUUCUAACAUUCUGUUAAGUUUCUUCCAUCAAGUCAAAUAACUUUCAUCUGAAUAUUUUUUCGCGUUUCUGAUAGUCAAAGAAAUAACAGCGUACGUACACUCAAAUCGGAUACACUGGUAGAAAGUUACAAUAAUAAGGAAAAUUAAUGACAAACUACAGCUUUAAACUAAAAUGAUUAGAGUGUCUUAAUUAUUUAAAUGUUACGUUGUUAACUGGCAGCGAGAAUUUUCUGCAAGAUCGCUCUACAUAUGAAACAGAUACAAAGACGGGAAGCAAAUGUCGGUUCAGUCCUUAUUGUGAUUCAAAUAAAAAAGAUUGAAAUAACGAGCAAUUAUCACGGCUAUUUUAAAUACAGCUGAUACCGUAUGCAAACUUGAAACCGAAUAAACAGAGAAGUGUUAAAUUACAUACACGACCACAGAAUAUACUAUUAAUAUACAACUAAUUUGAAUAGACAAUCAGAAGUAAUAAAAAAUCACACGAUUCACGUGAUAAAAUUUUUAUACUUCAGAAACAUUCUAUAGAUGAAAGAAUAAAAAGACAAUCAUUACGCAUGUAAAUUCUUGACUAGAGAAAAUGAGAUUAUUCAGUACACAGGAAAUACUUAAUGUUGAAAUAAUGUAUCCUUCAUUGAUAUGCAAUAAACAUCAGAAACGUAGUAAAUUUAAUCCAACCUCGUCAUUUUUAUGAAGAAACUCGGAAAUAUAAAGUAUGAUACUUUAUACUGUAAAGAUUUAUUUAAAAUGAAGCUACUAAACAGUUAUAACAUUUAGCAAUAUAAUUAGUUUUAGGCGGACAGUUCAAGAUAUUCUGAAACAACCGCAUCAUGACGAUAACUUUCUACUACGUUGGCUUCGAGCAAGAAAAUGGGACCCGGUUGCUGCGGAGAAGAUGCUACGUGAGUCUAUGGAGUGGCGAAAACAAUGGGAAGUUGACAAAUUAACCGAAUGGGAUCCUCCUCAAAUUCUGAAUGACUAUCUACCUCAUGGUUUAUGUGGUUUCGAUAAAGAUGGUGCCCCAGUGAUUGUAGUGUAUUUCGACGCAUUAGAUAUUUAUGGUAUUUUGCAUGUAGUCUCGAGAAGGGAUAUGAUAAAGGUGACCAUAAAACGUCUAGAAGAAUACUUAAAAUUAUGUAGAGAACAAAUGUUAAAACACGGUCCAGCAGCUGGUCAAGUGGUCGUAAUUUUUGACAUGCAGGGUUUUAACUUGAAACAAUAUCUCUGGAGACCAGCUGGAGAAGUUGUCAUUACUUUAAUCCAAAUGUAUGAGGCUAAUUAUCCAGAGAUUUUAAAGACCUGUUACAUAAUUAAUGCUCCAAAGGUAUUUGCUUUUGCAUUUUCCGUGACGAAAAAGUUUAUGAACGAGUAUACCUUAUCAAAGAUUCAAAUAUACAAAUCGGAUCCUGCGAGAUGGCAGACAGCGAUAUUCAGUAACAUUGACAGAGAUCAAGUGCCUGCUUUCUUUGGAGGCACCCUUAAAGAUCCUGAUGGCAACCCAAAGCUUGGUACCAAGAUUUGUCUUGGAGGCAAAGUCCCUAAAGAAAUGUAUGUAAAUAACACAGAGAAAGAUAUGGAGAACUUUACAACAGUUACAAUUAAGAAGGGUGGGAAACUAGAGCUUGAUAUCCCAGCAUCUGAAAUGGGAUCUCUGUUAAGCUGGGAAUUUCGUACAGAGAACCAUGACAUUAGAUUUGGUAUUGUGAAGAAAGAUUAUAAUGGAACACAGAAAGAAGUGAUACCAAUGCGACGAGUGGCUGCCCAUCAAUUAGAUGAGAUUGGAAUUUUGACCUGUGAAGUACCUUCUACAUAUUCCAUUAUUUUUGAUAACACUUAUAGCAUAAUAAGAAAUAAAAAAAUCCAUUACUCCGUGAAAGUUAUACCACCGACAGAAUCACAAGAAAUAACACCAACAACUUUAUAAUUAAUGUACUUAGAAUAAUAAUAUAUUAUAGAAAAUAUUCUCUCUGAAAAAUACAUUCUAUACAGUGUAAUUAAUAUUAAAAGAAGUCAAUGCUUUUAUGUUAUCGCUAA